GGCUGGUGGGAAGUGGUGUUUGCUUAAAGUCGUAUGGUAGCAUUGUAAUAACAUAUAAGGGAAAUACUAUACUAUAUUAUAGCUUCAUCAGUACCGAGGGAUCAGCCAAGUCAAAAGAGUUGCUGACAGCUCCCAUACGUUAAAUAAUGGGUGCAGAUAUGAUGCUUAAUUUUGCGAACUUUAGCACUUUGUUUGUAUGUAUGGUACUUAAAUUCCCACAAAUCAUUAUGCUCAUUUCAUCAAAAUCAACCAAAGGUAUUAGCGUGAAAAGCCUCCUACUAGAACUAACAGGAUUCAUUGUGUUUAUCUUAUACCAGAUGUAUUAUGACUAUCCACCAGCCACAUACUUGGAAUAUCCCAUUCUCAUUGCUCAAGAUGUGAUCCUCCUGCUAAUAAUUUUCUACUAUAAUGGAAACCUGAAGCAGAGUCUGCUCUAUGCAGGACUGUUUGUUGGGGGAUGGCAUCUUCUCACACUCCAGAAGUGGAUAAUAGACGUGGCCAUGAGCCUAUGUACCUUUAUUAGUGCUGCCAGUAAAAUUGCACAGCUCCAGUGUUUGUGGGUUUCCAGAGACUCUGGGCAAGUGAGUGCACUGACCUGGGGUUUGGCCACCUACACCUGCCUCACAAGGAUUUUUACCACAGUAAUGACAACAGGAGAUGCUCAAGUUCUUGUGCGUUUUAUAGUGAUGGCAGGUCUGAAUGGCUGGGUUACAGGAACUGUACUGUACUAUAGAAGAUCUGGAAAGAAGAUGGACUGAGUGACUUCUUCAAGAAUUAAAACUUGGUUUGGAUCUUUAUAAAACAGUUCUUCUGUGGGGUAACCAGCCACUUAUCUACUGUCCAGUACCUUUCAGUAAGACUGUAGUACAUUCUGUAUGACAGAACAGUUUAUAAGGACUGUAAUCAUGUAUUUUUUUGAGCACCUCCAACUCACCUCUCAUGACAAUGCUGCAGGCUUCACCGCGCCUUACAGGAGAGGUAAAACCUGGAGCAGUGUCAUACCUCUUACUGAUCUCACUGCCAACGUGCAUAUACAAGGCUGGCCCAAAGGAUUGAGCUAUUGUGCGGCAUUUUGGGUCGAUUGAGCCGCCGCCAUUUGAACCAGUGACAUCUUGGGUUCAUUCUCUUUUCGUUUUAGUAAUGGCUUGUUUCUGGACCAUCACCCAUGCAGACAGGCUUUCUGUAAGGAGUCGAUGAAUGAACACCGACUCCCAUCUCGGAUACGGAACACUGCAAUCUUUUAAAGGCAGUAUUGGGUUCACAGUUCCAUCCCUAUCUAGUUUCCUGCUUGCCCCUCUGCUCUGAUUGGAAGUGCGGCCUCAUGAGAGUAGUGGCUGGGUCAUAUCACAUGCAUUUCACUUUCACUUUUCCUGUAACCUUCUGCUGAUGUUCUGUACCACUUUAUCCCUAUUUCUUUUGAAAACUCAUUAAGUCUUCAUGAUUCAUUUGCCAUGUUAUGCAGGGUGCUGGUUCUUAAAGUUCAAUAUCAAACCUAGAGUUUAGAAUGGUUUAUUUAGUCUGUAAUCACAUUCAACUAUUUUAUUACAGAGAUCAUUACACUACUCUUUUGCACCUAAAACAAUUUAGGGUUCCUAUAGCAAAGGGGUUAAGAAUCCAACUUCUUUAUAUAGUGCCAGUAUAGUGCUAGAGCCAGUUUAGAACUCCCUGUGUUGCAUAAUCAUGACAUAUCUCGCACUACCCUACAUUGAGCCUGAACAUUAGGACAUUACAACUGACAACAGUUCAAUCUACCAAUCUUGCCAAAUACUGGACAUGAGCUCAAAGGAGCACAUCCUAACCUUGACCCUUGUUGAAUUGUCCCAGAAAAAGUACCAGCCAGGACUCCCUCAUACCCAGCAUAAAUGGGUUGCACUCUUGCCUGUUGGGACUACUGAUCUCAUCCACAAAGGUAGUGACCUUCUGGCUUUUCCCCCCCUUUAACCCUUUUUCUAAAGAGAUUUAGGAAUAAAUGCAUUCUUUCCACUCCCGGGUGUCUGGUUCCUGAAGUCCAGUUUCUGCCUUCUCUGACUCAGGACUACGGUAUUAUGUGUAGUAAAUAUUUUCUUACACUUCCACAGGUUGUCAACUGCAAUGAUUUUUUUUACUGUCUUUAAUGUAACUCAGUUUUGUAUUUAACAUUUUAACUCUCAUUGAAUAUCUUUAUUCAUUGUUGCACAGAAGAGAAUGGCUCUGUGAGUCCAAUUGGUAGCACAAUUUUAACAUGUUAAGUGUUCAAAGCCACAGAUAAGACCUAGCACAAGCUUUCUGUAUAUCAGAUAUUGAGGGAUGAUUUUACAGAUUUGUAUUGUUUUUUUAUAUGAAAACUAGUCCUGAAAUGUUAGCCAACAAUGGUAUUUGCCAGUAAAAUGUAUUUUUUAACAUCUGAGAUUAUGCUGUAUUGAAUUUUGGCAUCACAAAGAAAUGUUGUCAUGGUUCUGUAAUACUAAUUGGACACCUGAAUUGCCACUGAAUAAAAAAAAGAGUCAUUUGGUUACAACGA